UUGAAAUUGUGAGGAAGACCAUGGCUUCUAAGGAAUUUUUAUGCUUUCUUUUCGUCUGUUUCUUUACCUUGGGAAGUACUACCUACUGUACCUUCAAAAGCGAUUGUUCCUAUAGUGAGUCCUGUUGUACAGAUGGAGUCUGUAGAGAGAAAUGUUCCUACUGUUCGUACAACAGCGAGUGUGGAACGAACGAACAAUGCUGUGAUAACAAAUGCAUCAGCAUUUUCUCCACUUGUUCCUGUUCGUCCACCUUCGAUUGUGGCAUUGAUGAGCAGUGCUGUAGUAGCACAUGCAUCAGUAGUUCGUCUUCUUGUUCCUGCACGUACGACUCCGAUUGUGACAUUGGAGAGGAUUGUUGUGGGGGAGUUUGUUCAUCACACUGUGGUUGGAGCGGUGGAGCUAUUGCAGGCGCUAUUAUCGGCACAAUUAUUUUCUUCGCAAUCAUCAUUUCCAUUGUGUCCUGUCUCUGCUGUGCUUGUUGCCCCUAUUACCGCUAUCGUACACCCGGUACUGUGAUCGUCACCGGCCAACAGCCACAACAG